AUGAUCACCACCGAGGAACUCAAAUCAUUCCAUGCAAUAGAUAGAGAGAUCUUCAGCAGGCUGGUCAUCAAUCUCCGGCGAGACGUCGCCGUAUCAAUGCGUGUGAUUGCAUUCUGGAUAUGGCUGGAAGAGUUGGGAUACCCCAACAUAAUCUUGAAGAUGAUUUCUGCAGUUCAAGCCAUCACGAAGACGGUUAACGAUGUCUUGGCAAGAGCUUUUGAGGAUAUCGCGCAGCAGGCAAGGGCAAGUGGGUCGUCUGGUUCUGGUCGAAAUGUGGUUGCUGGAGAGUCAAGCUUGAAUCCCCGCGCCCAACCAUGGAAACCCAACGCUCAGGUCUCUCAUGACGAUCGAACCAUAUUUAUUACAUUCUCCCGCGGAUACCCAGUUGGCGAAAGUGAAAUUAGGGGAUACUUCAUCAGACGGUUUGGUGAGUGUGUGGAGGCCAUCCACAUGCAGGAAGUGGCUGUGAACGUCCAACCUCUAUACGCGAGAAUGGUGCUGCGAUCAGCUUCGACAAUGGCACGAAUUCUGGAGGGGAGAGAGAGGGCAAAGUAUGUAAUCAAUGGAAAGCAUGUUUGGAUUAGGCGUUUUGUACCCAGACAGCAGAUGCGCUCUUCCCUGCGCCCAUGA